ACUCUGCCCAUUGUAAACAAACGUCAAUAGAGAGGUUUUUAUAUUUUUACAAAAAACCAAUCCAAUAAUCAGUUAAAAUAAUUGUAUAAAACGGCAAAGUUCCUCUAGGUAUGUAAGAUCGCUGUGACAGCAAUAUAAUACCGAGGAAAGUUCAAGCGCCAAAACAACAAAAGCAGAGGCCAUGGAGCAAAUCUGUCGUGUUUGCCUGGGAAGAUCAGAUAAUUUGGUGAACAUCUUCGAUGCCAGGCGAAAGACCCGAGUUUCCAUUGCCGAGAUGAUUGCCCAGUGUACUGGUUUUGAAGUCAAACGUGGCGACUCGUUUCCGGAAAUGAUAUGUCCACCGUGCUUGGAGGAUGCCAAGAAUGCAUUUUCCAUCAGGCAGACAUGCGAGAGGAGUCACCAGUUCUACUGCCAAGUUCGGGAUGAUGGAAUUGAGGAGGCACUGUGCAAUUUGCUCGACGAAGUGGACUGGGACUCUUCGGAAUAUGAAGAGAAGUGGAAACAUUCUCCAUCCGAUGAUGAUCUCCAUGACGAUGACGAAAUCGACAGGAAGGCGGUCUCAUUUGAAUGUCGGGAAUGCCCAAAGAUAUUCAAACGAAAGGGUUUCUGGCUGAGGCACAUGAGAACCCACGUGGAUGGACAAUCCUUUCCUUGUAUCUACUGCUCGCAGAACUUUAGAUUUCGGGUCACUCUCAAUGCGCACAUUAGAACCCACAACUUGGCUAAGCCUUAUGAGUGUUCCCACUGCCCAAAGUCCUUUGCCAAGCUGUCCACACUGCAGUCACAUGAAAGGACUCACACUGGCGAACGACCAUACAAGUGUCCACAGUGCUCCAAGACCUUUAUAAAAUCAUCAGAUCUUCGACGGCACAUCCGCACCCACGGAGGGGAAAGGCCUUACAAGUGUACCGAUUCCUCGAAAACCUUCACUGGGAAAUUUCAUCUCAAAAACCAUCUCCUUAGUCAGAGACUUUCACCUUUGAAAACGAUCUGAAGCGUCACAAUCGCAAGCAACACCAUUUAAAUCCAUACCAGUGUCCCCUCUGCCCACUGUCUUAUACGGGGAAAACCUAUCUUGAAUCUCACCUCGUCUCCCACGGUGUCAGUGUUAAAAAUAAAAUGACAUAAUCCGAAGUUAGUUAAUAAAUAUAACUAAA